AUGUUCCUGGCCUCAUUCACCGAACUUGGUGGGGCAUUCACAUUCAAUGGAAUUCCUGAACUUACGAUCCGCCAGAAUGCAAGCCUUUCAACAUUGUUAACCGGUGAUCCUCCAAACCAUGUUGUGGAAGAAUGGAUGAAGUUCGAUUUUGAUGUCAAUGCAGUAUCGCCAAAAACAACUAACUCGACCAGAGUCUUUCCACCAAUACCAUUUAAACAGAAGGUGCCUGGUAAACCGUCCGGACUAAAAUUCCUCGUCAAAUUUGAUGAAGCAGAAUUUGCUUGUCGCCAGAAAGACGGAACUGGAUUUACGUUGUCUGUUCACAACCCGAUUGAUGCUGCUGACAUUCGACGAUUCGGACUAGAACUUCCCUUUGGAAUGGAACUUUCUGUUGCCAUUAUUCCGACAGUGAUACAAGCAGACGAGGACAUCAAAUUUUUGGACCCGAAAACACGAGGAUGCUACUUUUCAAAUGAACACAAGCAAGCAAAUCUAGCAUAUUACCGAAAUUAUACACAAACUCGAUGUCACCUUGAAUGCAUUGCGGACAAGAUUUAUGACAAGUGCCAUUGUAAAAUGCUCGCAUCGCCAGUAUCUUUAUUUUCAAAAGCGGCGAUUUAUGACAUUGGGCUUGAAACAGUGUGCGAAAAAUGUCUCAGCGAUUGCGUUAGCAUUACUUACACUGCCCAAUUGGAGUCACAAAUCCCAAUUGAUGUGGAAUAUCAAGAUCAAAUCAUUGAAAACAUGAAACUGAGCAACACCACUCAGAUUUCUGUCGUGCAUGUUUACAUGGCAACCAAGAAAGUUUUGGGAGAGCGACGCAAACUUACGUACAGCGCAACAGAAGCUGUUGGCUUUGUUGGUGGUAAUGCCGGGAUAGCUGGUGGUUGGACGAUGCCCGCAUUGGCGAAGACGUUCGUCCGAAUGAUGACCUUCGUCAUUAUUCCCGUCGUGAUGUGGCUGAUUCGCUGGAUUUGGAGGAAGUUGGUGGCCCUUGUGGGCUUCGUUAUGGAAUGGAUGGGGCGUCCCAGACGAACCCAGGUUGUGCCAUUCGUUGAAUAA